AUGGGGAUGAACAGGAGGAUGAAGGGGGUGGAAAUCCCCCUGAUGCUCAUGGAUAGAAUAAUUGUAUGGAAUGUAAGGGGGCUUAACAGCCUAGCCAAGCAGAAGGGUAUUAAGAAGUUUCGUGGCAUGAAGGAUGUUGGCCUGGUGAGUCUCCUUGAAACAAAGGUGAAGGCAACCAAUAUGGGCAGCCUUUACCAAAAUGUUUUUAGAGGUUGGUGUUUUUCUUCCAACUCUUUUUACCAUAGAGGAGGAAGGAUUGUAGUUGCUUGGAACCCUAAGAGUUUCCAGGUUGAUAUUUUGUUCAUUUCUAGUCAGCUUAUGCAUUGUUGCAUCACGGGUCCUGCUGGUAAAAAGUUUUUUUGUACCUUCUUGUAUGCAUUUAAUGAUGCACAUGGAAGAGGUGAACCCUGGGAAGAUUUAGAAAAGCUUGUAGGCUUGUGUAGUGGUCCAUGGAUUAUUCUAGGGGACUUUAAUUGUGUUAUGAGUAAUGAAGAGAGAAUUGGUGCUAGGGUGAGACAACAGGAUAUGGAAGACCUAAGAAGAUGUAUGGAUAAGUGUGGGAUGCAUGACCUAACUAGCACUGGUAACUUAUACACCUGGAAUAAUAAACAGGAAGGUGAGAGUAGGGUGUACUCAAAAUUGGACAGGGCAAUGGUGAAUGAUGAAUGGUAUAGGAUGUUUGCUACAUCUGCAGCUCACUUUAUGCCUGAGGGUUUGUUUGAUCAUUCUCCUAUUGUAAUCAAUGUUUAUCUAGCUAGAGAGAAUAAUAGGAGGCCCUUCAAAUAUUUUACAAUGUGGAGCUGUGCUAGAAGUUUUCUUCAGCUUAUUCAAGAAGGGUGGAAUCAAGAUGUUCAAGGCACACCUAUGUAUAGAGUGGUGAAAAAGAUAAAAGAAGUGAAGCUUAGGCUGAAAAAGCUGAAUCAAGAGGGUUGUUCUUACAUACAAAGUCAAGAUAUCAAGGCUUCAAUGUACUUACAAGAUUGUCAAGAGCAACUGAAGAAGAAUCCAGGAGAUAGGGCUCUUAGUGAGGCUGAAAGGAAGGCUGGAGCUGAGUACAGAAUCAAGCAUCAGCAAUAUAUGUCUUUUCUAGCUCAGAAGGCUAAGUUGGCUUGGUGUAAGGAGGGUGAUGAAAACUCUUCGUUAUUUCAUAAUGCCAUUAAAGCUAGAAGGCUUCAGAAUACUGUUUAUGCAAUUAAUAACAGUAGAGGGGAAUGA